CGAGCUAAGGCUGAAUGAGCCGGUCUGUGAUUUCCUCUCUGGCGCCUUGCCCCUUCCUCCCACUUUCUCCUCCUCCUCCUCAUCAUCAAUAGCCUUUGCUCUGCGACCAAGCCAUGGCGGAGGCGCAGGCACAGGCGACGAAGCGCGGCGCCAUACAGCCGAGGCUGGCUGGUGUGCCGACCGAAAUCAUGGAUCACAUCGCCUACUUCUGCACUACAACGACGCCCGGCAGCGAUCCAGACCCGCCAGCAGCGACGGAAUGGCUUGCCCAGCGCGAGGCCGGCGGCACAGCGGCAGCGGCCGACGCCACGAGUGAUUCAGCGGCACCCCCCAGAGGAAACGAGAGCAUCUUUUCCACACCGCCGCCGGCCUUUGCCACACCGCCGACGAACUUGCUGAACAUGAUGCUGACCUGCAAGAGAAUGUACCAGCAACUCAACCCAGACACCAAUACGGGCCUGUAUGCCAAGGUAUUCCGGGACAAGUUCGACACCGAUGCGAUUGCCCGGCGGUUUGGACACGACGCAAUCAGCAGUCGCAGUCUCACAGCCGAGCUCAAGCGCCGGUGCACCAUCCUCAAGCGCAUUCGGGCCGCCACGCACAAGGGCACACUCAAGAUUCGUGAAGAGAGCAGCCCAGAAGACUUCGAUGCCGAGAUGGAAGAGAAUCUCUGGCUUGCCUUUAUGAUGCUCAUGGAGAAUGAUGGCCGCAACAUCCUCCAGCUGCGCUGGGCUCACAUCGAAGAUUAUCUGUCGCUGCACCACUCGCGUGUUAUGCUCGAAUCAGCCUUGCGUCCUCAGUUCCCACCCGACUCCGCGGAUCGUGCGCUGGCUCUCCACCUCAGCUAUUUGCUGUGCGACCCAGACAGCCUAGCAUACGAGUCGCGCGACGAGAGCGACGAGAAGCUCUUUGUGCUGAGGCCAUUCGUCUUUGCUGCUCACAAGUUCGAUUCAUACCUUGCACCGUGGAAUAUGCCACGGCUGCCCCUCGCUCGAUUGGUGUCUGACAGGGACGCGCCCGAGACCGAAGCGGCGAGGAAAGACCAGGACGCCGAAGACAACCAGACAGGUUCCAAUCCCUUCCUGGCCGAUCUUCGACCUCGGGUCAGAUCUCGGGUCAUCACCCACUGUGGACGCCAGAUCAGCAUCGUCCCUCCGAACAUCAGCCAUGCUGCUUGCUUCUCCUUUUUCAUGAAAGUGGAGCGGGACCCGGCCGUCACAGACUACAGCGAGCUGCGAGCGGUGGCUCGACGGGAGGAAGCUGAUGAGGAGGAGGUCGAAGCGCUCGCAGCUGCUGCCGCGGCGAGGCAGCGCGAGGCCGCUUCUACUUCAACCACGGACUCGCAGCGUCAGUCUUCUUCUGGGCCUUCGUCUCUGGCAACCCGGCGCAUGCAAGCCGCCACGAAUCGCAAUCCCCGCCUGUUUCGGUCGAGGGAUCACGACAAGGAUGUGGCCAGGCUUCUUUCUUGUCUCUCGCCCUACUGUUCGCCUGGCCUGAAGCCGCUUUUCCAUGCAGGCGACUUUGAAGGCGCAUGGGAAGGCCGCUUCAGCUUCUUUGACUUUGACUCAUACCGAGAGAUGCUGGCGGGCAAGAUGCGAAGCCUGUACGAGGGACCGUUUGGCGAGCAGCCGCAGGUGUGGAAGGUCCGAGAGCACUAUGUCAAGCUCGAUUACAGCCGGCUCGAUGAGGGCGGCAAAGGUAGCAUUCUCAAUGCCGGCUUCAAGAACGACGAAGAAGAGCCAAACAAGAAAAGGGGCGCAUUUCGGUGGACGGAUCUCAAGGCAGGCAAAGUGCCACAGGCAGAGUCGAACGGCUUUGGAAUCCAGAAGAGGAUCGACGGCGAUGCCGACGGUGAGGAACAAGCGGAUGACGGAAGCCUGGACGGCAUCUACUGGCCUGGGAUCAAUUCAGCGUUGUCUACAAGCUCGAUCCUUGGAAAGAGACAGCUCGAGGACGCGGACGUCAAUGACGACGAGGCAGCUCCAAAGAGGAGUGGGCGUGUGAUCCCAAGUGACUGGCACCUUUACCCGAGCUUUGGCGACGAGGGCUCGUCGAUCCAGGCGUCUUCCUCAUCGAACUCUGACCGCUACGAGAUUCUCUUGUCGGGGACUGGGCACUCUGCUUGGGGCCGCUUCAUCCUGCGCGGCCGUGUUAGAUCGUGGGACGGCAUGAUGAUCAUGACCAAGGAGUACCGACCCGACGGUAGGGGUCGAUGGCUCUACCGCGGCUACGCAGUCGCUGGUGGAAAGCUUGUGGGCCGCUGGAGAGACACCUUCACGCCACAAGAGAUGAACGGCUACGAAGGUUGCUUCCUUCUCCAUCGGCGGGAGGAUGUGUGACGUGUUAUGACUUCUUAUUUUCCCCUUUAGUGCUCCUUUCAUUUUUCAUGACCCUUCAUUCUAGUUACGUCUGGCAUUUAAUUUCUGUUCAUGGGUGUGACUGUAUGUAAGACUGCGAGCUGUGACCGAAUUGUCAAUGUCUGCCUUGUGUCGACCGAGGCCCCAUGAG